CAAAAUGGCGACCGACUUUGUUGCUGAUGUACGAACACAUGGCAUUUGAUCAGUGUCGGGUUCAGUAUUGUUUUGUUCGCAAAUAUAAAGUAAAUUGAUGCAGAAGAAACAGCGGAAUGUCAGAAGAAGGUGACAGUAAUUUGUCCUAUCCUACGGGGCUGUAUUCAUCACCUAUAGUAGAUCGUAAUCCAUCACCACCUCCGACAUCUAAGUCACAAGAGGCCGAUGAUGAUGAGUUGAAUGCUGAGAUAUGUAUUGGUGGUACUGUCUUCAGUAAACACUGGGUUUUUACAACGCUAAUGAAACUAAUCAAGGAAGUUGAUAAAGAAGAAGUACUUGGAGUUAAGGAGGACGAUAAAUGCAAUGAAUCAAAGGAAGAUGUGCAGGAUAAAAAAGAUUGUGAUACAAAAGUGGAAAAGACGUGUAGUGUUGUGGAUACUGUGACUUCUACCAGCACCUCAGGAUGUCAUGCCAGUCCAACAUUGACCCCUUCCAGUGUUGAAAGCUCUACUGCCAGUCCUUGUCCAGCUGCUCUACCAAGUUCAAGUACAAGCCCCAUCGAUAUUGAUGAAGAAAUUGAGAACGAACUUUGUAAAUUAUGGGAUAUGUCCAUGAAUCAGGAUGUAGCUGUGUUUCUCCAUGAAUGGAAAACGGAAGACAUCCUAGUUGGUGUUAUUGCCAAGACAAAUGCACCGCGAGCCACUGAAAUCUGUAUUGGUAUUUUGGCAAACAUGGCAUGCAAUGAAGAUAUCGUGAUAGAUAUGAGUAAAAAGGAAAGAUUUAUAGAAGUUGUAUUAGCAUUAUUAGAAUGCACAGACCCACCUACAUUAGUAGAAACAACGCGGUUGAUAUAUUCAUGCAUAUCUAACAGUACUGCUGCUAGUUACUGGUUGUCUGUAUUGAAAACAGAUCCUGCCAUUUAUGAUACAAUGUGCUUUGUGCUGCAAAGCUCUACAAAUGGCGAUUUACUGCAUAACAUGUCUGAUUUAGUGGACAAGUUACUGGAUAUGGAUGAUGAAUUGCUGGAAAUGUGGUCAUCAUCUACUUUAUUACUGGCUAUAUGUGAAGCAAUACAGCAAGUCAGGAAACCAAGACCAAAAACCCUUGAAUAUUUACUUCAUUCCUUGCAAUUGCUAUCAACAACUGAGAAAGGAGUUGAAUCAAUAGGUGAGAAUGGAAGUACAGUGUGCCCUCUCAUAUCUGAUUCCUUACACGCCAUCUGCAGCGAAGAGAGUGUCACUCUGGUCGGUAGAGAAACAGAGCUAGCAGCAGCUGUGUCAGUGUUAGACACGUUAAUAACUUCCAAAUCAAAUGGUAUAAAAUAUCUACAGUCAAAUGAAGGUAUCACAAGUGAUUUAUUAGUGAUUCUAAAUGAAAUCAAACCUAUUUUAAGAAGACCUUCAUCCACAUCCUCAUCUUUAGCUGCUGCGGAUGAAGAACAGAUGGAAAAAAGAAAAGCCAAGACUUUACAAAAUGUUAUAGUGAACCUUAUGUCUACUGUUCUCAAAACACGGGAUGGUAAUACUAUUAUUUGUAAUCAGCUCAAAAAGUGUCCGCGAAACCAUGUGAAAACAUUGAAAGGAACACUAAAAAGAAAAGGUGUAGAUGAUGACAUCAUUCAAACUUUAGAGUGGGAACUCUGAGAUAUAUACAUGGUUUAUGAAGAGAUCAAAUACAGUCGCUGAAUGUUAGUAGGGACCGGUGGGCAUUGAGUGUGUCAUCAUAGUGACCAGUCAAUUAAAUGAUGUAUUAGUACAUGUACAAGGCCAUGUUACUGACGAUGUGUGUAGGAAUGUUACUUGCAUAUCUUAGGAUAAAAACACAUGAUGAAAUCACU